CCCCCCGCCAUCAAUAUGGCUUCGGCUGGGGCGGGGAUGACCGAGCGCGAGCGGGACGGCUGCCGGGAGCUGUUGGAACUGCUCCAGACCGACGACCUGCUGGCUCUAGCGGACACGGUGACCAGCCGCCUCGUGCAGCCCAGCAACCGGCAAGAAGCCAUAAAUGUCAUCUUGCUGUACAGUCAAAGUGCUGAAGAACUGUUGAAAAGAAAAAAAGUAUUUCGAGAGAUAAUCUUCAAGUACUUGGCAACAAAAGGAGUUAUAGUGCCCCCUUCUUCUGAAAAACACCAGCUUGUUUAUCGUGCAAAGGAGUACUGGUGUGAAGGGCUGAAAAUCUGUGCUUCAGAGCAAACAUAUACUAAUCCUAAUAUACAGCAACAAGAAGAUGGAGGAACACAAGGAGAUCAAGAUGACAACAAAGAGUGUCACGAUCUGGCAGAAGAAUUUUGUCAGUGGUAUUUUAGAAUGCUAAACUCUCAGAACCCAUUGAUUGGAGAACCACAACAAGAAUGGGGACCACAACAUUUUUGGGGAGAUGUAACUCUAAAAUUUUGUUACAACACCUCUGAACAAAACAUGGAAGAGUACUCAGGUGCAGAAUUGGUGAGCCUUCGCUUGCUGUCAUUAGUGAAAGAAGAAUACCUCUUCCUGAAUCCCAACUUGAAUGCAGGUGGCCUGAAGUGUACAGUUUCACGAUAUGGAUUAGUUGUGGUAGCAGUAGCUGGCACAGUUCAUAGAAGUACUUGUUGUUUGGGAGUCUUUGAACAAAUCUUUGGCCUCAUCCGCUGCCCAUUUAGGGAGAAUACAUGGAAAAUCAAGUUUGUCAAUCUAAAGAUUGUUGGCCAGAAUGCCAUAGAGCCUGGGACCCAUAUAGAAAGACCACGCAUAAAAUACGAGCAAGAAGAACUGCAGGAAUUUUAUGUGUCCAAGGAACUUGCCUUAAUUGAGCCUCAAAAAUACUGACUGUUCUGUUUCGCAAAACGAGGGAGAAAAGUAUGUGGGCCUUGGAAAAUACAGCAGGAGAGCAUA